AUGGUGUUUUGGUGGCAAAUGAAGUUGUGGAUUUUGCAAGGAAAGAGGGGAGGAGUUGUAUGUUCUCCUUUUCUUUUAGUGUUGGUUACCGAGGGUUUUACGGGCCUUGUGCGGAAAUCCUUCGAGAAUGGUGAUUUUAGAGGGGUCGGGAUUAAUGGAUGUAGCGGGGUUGACAUUCUUCAAUUUGCGGAUGACACUUUGUUAGUGGGUGAAGGCUAUUGGAGUCAAGUGUGGGCUUUUAAAGUGGUGUUGAAAGCUUUUGAGUUAGCGUCGGGUCUCGGAAUCAAUUACCAUAAAAGUAAAUUGAUUAGGAUUAAUGUUAGUAAUAAUUUUUUACAAGCCGCUUCUUAUGUUCUUGCUUGUAAAGUGGAGGAAAGCUCUUUUUCUUUUCUUGGGAUUAUCAUUGGUUGUAAUCCUAGGAAAUACUCUUCUUGGAUCCCUCUUUUGUUAAAGAAGAAGAAGCGUUUGGCGGGUUGA